GCUGCUGAGCGGCAUCCGUCGCAUGUGAAUGACGUAGCGUAGUUCAACAUGGGGAAGUUUGGGCUGCAGUUUAAAGCCACUUUGGAGAAUGUUACGAACGUAAGGCCCGAAGGGGAGGAUUUCCGCUGGUAUUUAAAGCUGAAGUGUGGGAAUUGUGGCGAGGUGUCGGAUAAAUGGCAGUACAUCACUUUACUGGACAGUAUGCCACUCAAAGGAGGACGAGGAAGUGCUAGCAUGGUGCAGAAGUGCAAACUAUGUUCCCGGGAAAACUCAAUAGAUAUCCUGAAGGACACAAUCACACCUUACAAUGCAGAAGACAGUGAAAGGUUUAAGACAGUGGUGCAGUUUGAGUGUCGAGGCCUGGAACCAGUCGAUUUUCAACCUCAGGCUGGUUUUGCUGCUAGCGGAGCAGAAACGUCCACCCAGUUCCCUGAAAUCAACCUGCAAGAGAAAGACUGGACGGACUAUGAUGAGAAGGCCAGCGAGUCUGUGGGUAUCUAUGAGGUCACACAUCAGUUCGUCAAAUGCUAAAAAAGAGUCAGACUGAAGAACAACCGGAUGAAGAUCUGUUUGAAGUUCACUACACCCCACUUCAGUUUGUACACUUAUUUUGUGAGAUGGAGAUGAAUAUUUGGUGAUUCUCUUGGUUUAACAAUAAAUAAAGACUGGGAUGACCGCUAUGGCAAGAAGAGUA